CAUUAAGCAUUUUGUGAAAGCGAAAGUGAGAUGAACGGAUUGUAACAGAUCACAGUGCACCGAUGAACAAGGAAUUAGAGUUAUAGUGAUAUAAACACCUUUUGGAUAAAUUGCCACAUUAAGACAUUAUUGUAAAAUGUGUUUGCAGGUUGAUACCGUUUAUACCAAAGGUUAGCAGUAACGAUGGAUGAGAACCUCCGGAAGCAUUCAACUGUGAAUCACCAUGGAUGAGCACCUAGCAUUCAAAGGAAAAGCUGGGAAGCUCGAUGAACGUGUAUUUUCAAAGCUGAAAUUACUAUGCCGGCCUGUUAAAGCCAGACAAGACAACGCACAACAAGGCAAUGAAACAACGCUUGUUUCAAAAGAUGAUGUCCCGUUCUACAACACCCGUCUUGUUUUACGCACGGUUGAAAAACCUUGGACGGGGGAUCUAUCUGAGGAAGAAAUAGAGAAUAACCUGGAACAGAUAAUUCUACAUUACGCAAUUGUUCCCCAAGUGGCCUACUACAGAAAUAAACAGACUGUUAGCUUCGUUGCACCAUACUUCGGAGGGGGGACCUUAGAUGAAGUAAUACAGAAAGAAAGAGAUAAAACAGCAGCGGUCGAAACGGAAAUACCAUCUGAGAGAAAACCGGAAAUAACACUUGAAAGACCGCAAACGUUAGAAUGGAAGGAUAAGUUACGAAUACUUUACCAAAUAUGCCGGGCCAUUGAAUAUCUUCAUCAGCCACCAAAAUGUGAAAGAAAACCUGUAUCCCAUGGCAACAUUUGCAUGCAAAACGUUCUAUUGGAUGAGCAGAAAAACGCCCGAUUGUUAUUUCUUACACCAAAAUCGGUCGAAGGAGGAGUUGGGGAGGAACAGUUUCAAGAGGACAAAAACAAAGAUGUGCACGCCUUCAAAGAAAGUUCGAACAGGUGGCUUGGUUAUAGAUAAAGUUUGAUCCAUAAACACGACUGGAAUUGGUGCUGACCUACUUGUUAAGAGGUAUAACUAAUGCAUGCUACAUGUCCAUAGCUCAACUCUGUAAUAGGUAGAAGUUAUUUAAAAUUGAUUCACUCAGUGGUAACUGCAUAUAACGAAAAAAACACAUUAAUGUUUAGUCAUUUGAUCACUUUAAACACGCUUUUUGUAUCUGGUUUGCAAGAAAUAGUAAAUUUCCAAUUGCCACGUCUUUUCGUUAAUUUAUAUAUAAUUAUCCAAAGUCCGUGAUUGUAAAGCAUUGACAGCAUUCCUUUUCUGCAGCAAUGUUAUCACU